AUGGCCGAUUGGGACGGCGAUUGGGGGUUUGACGAUCAUGUGUUGGAAAUGGUUGAAAAUGCCAUGCCUCCCUACCUUAUUUAUCACGAACAAAUCUCGCCUCUCCCCUUUUCUGCGGUAGAAGGACCUACCGAGACGCCGACCAGUGCAUAUGAGCUCCUCAAGGUAGAGCUUGAGUACUAUAUGCAAAAUCAAUUUGAUACUGAGGGCAGUCUGCCUUCUGACCCAGAACUUCAAUAUGAGGCUUGUUCCAUCAUCCUUGCAGCGGAAUUGUCAUCGCCUGUUCCUGCCCAGAGAGCACCGUCCUGGCUCCGAGAUGUAUUCAUGUCAUCAGAUGAAACUACAAAGCGGGCUCGCUUACGCCCAGUCAAUCAUUGCAAGAUGCGAGUAAGCCAGCUUAGCAUCAAUGGGAAAAAAAAUAUUUUUGAGAAUUGCGAUUUGGAGCUCGAGUUGUGCAAUUUCGUCAUUAUGCACCAGACUCUGGGUCUCGUCCUCUCAGACUCAGAAAUACAAGAAGAAGCUUGCAAUGCCAUCAGUCGUGCGGAUACCGGAUCCUUGAAUGGAUCUAAACGGUUCAUGGACUUCAUGGUACGGCUCAUUUGGAGCUCUAUGAACUGGAUUACCCUUCUGCUUGAAAGAGCAUGGCAGCAGGCUGUCGACGGUAUGCAUAAAGCCAACCAGCAUUCCAUCCCUACCGUCCCUGACCUCGACAGAGGUCCUCUGGAUUUGCCAAUCACGGGGUGUUCAGGAGGCACGGGUGCCAUUGAAAAUCCAAUGUACCCAGCUUCCGCACCCAAUGGCACCCGCGCCACUAUGGGUGAGAUUCUUGAACUCCCGACAUUGCCGACAGAUGCAUUCCUAGGAACAGCGCAUGACUCGGGCAGCAUUGAAAUACUCAUCUCCGAUCUCUCCCCUCAAGUUACCAGCCAAACUAGUUUACUGGGCACAGCGGAUGUUGCAUCUGGCUUCGAUGUUGUCCCGAAUUCGGCAUUUAACAGUGGUGUAGCGAGACUACUUGGAAGCACUGAUAGCAUAACAAUGAAGCGGCUCCCUGAUCCCGUAUAUACUACAUUGAACACGCAGCAACCUACGAGGGCAUCAUUAGGGCGAGUACACUUCCACAAUGGCGGUAACUCGUAUUGGGCUCUUGUGAAAGACCUAUCCCGCUUCGUCAAGAGAACAAUGUCGAUCCACAAUCCCGACCGCCACGUUCCCACGGAUGAUGAGAUCAAAUAUCAAGCACGUUGGAUAUGGUGCGAAGAUGACGAUCCGUGGAAUCAGACGCCAGCAGAUAACGAACAAUGGUUGCGAGAGUUUAAGCAUAACGAGGGUAUACCUCGCGUCAGCGACGGAUAG